AUCCUCUCCCCGCAGAGACGCGUGAGUGAUUUCUAUCAGCGCGCACAGCAGCGACUCGGCUGCGGGCUCCUCCCUCUUCUGCGGCCCCACUGAUAAACCGCCGCCGGCGCGGAGACCUCUCGGUGCCGACGCGACGUCUGGAGGCUCCGCAAGCGAUGGACCCGCGCCGCGCGCCCGGCCUGAGGACGCUGCUGCCGGUGCUUCUGCUCGCGUCCGCCGGCGCCGGCGGAGACCCCCCCGCAGUUGUGUACCGAAACCUUCAGUGUGUGAACGACUACCUGUUCACCAUCAACUGCAGCCUGAGCAUCGUGCAGCCGGACGGCCGCAGCCGCUACUGGCUCACCUUCACGGAAACGCACGACGGAACGACAUUCGCGUGCCCGCUGACAAACACCGGGGAGGAAUUCUGCUGCUCCAUCAAAACUCACAACCCGACGCCAGACGAGGACGAGGAGGACGCGGAGGACGAGGCGACCUUUCAGGAUCUGAACCGUUACGCGGUGUCGCUCUGUCACCGGCGGCCGGAGGGGUCGGACGCCUGCGAGCGGCUGGGGGACAAAUUCAACCCGGCGCUUAACAUCAAGCCGAACGCGCCGCGAGGCCUCGCCGUGCGCCGCAACGCCAGCCGGCACCUCUUCACGUGGACGAGCACCUACGAGCCCUACGAUGACGUCACCGGCCUGGUCCAGGCCCUCGAGUACCAGCUGCGUUACCACGAGCGGGGACACGCGCGCGACGCGUUACCGCACACCCUCCGCACCAACUUGUUGAACCUCUCUGUGGACGACGACAACUUUGUGCCAAACACCAAGUAUGCUGCCAGAGUGCGGUCCAGUCCCGAUCAGGCGUUCUUCAAGGGCCACUGGAGCGACUGGUCGUCUGAGGUCUACUGGGACACACCGCCGGCUGUGACGGAGUUGCCAUCCAACACGCUGGUUUCUGGACUGGUGAAGGUUCUCGUCCCGCUCUGCGUGGUGGCGUCGUUAGUCCUGCUUUUCUGCUACGCUCCAGUGAAGAAGUGGAGGAAGGGGGCCUUCAUCCCAACUCCAGCACUCUACUUCCUGACGCCGAACAGCGACUGCCAGGGCGAUUUCAAGAGCUGGGCGGUUACAGAAGAAAACACGGCAGACAUGCUGAAGGCCGAGGAAAUUCUCCAAAUCGACACCUUCACCGAGUGCGGCGUCCCAGAGGAGGAAGAAGAAGAAGAAAGCCAGGCUCAAUUCCACCACCAGUUCACGGAGGGCAGCGCGUACAACAACGUCAGCCUCCUGGGGGUCCCGUACGCCGUGAGCUCCAUGGCGCCGCCGCCGCCGCCGUUGCCCCCGGGGGGCCACGCGGAGGGAGACUCCGGCUGCUGGCUGGAGAAGUACUGCCCCAUGUACUGCAACGAGUACUGCACGCUGAGCGCCUUCCAGAAGGGUCCGACAGGCGCAGCAGAGGACCGGGGGCCCCCUACAACCAAAGCCUGCCCGACGGGGGCCCUCAGAGCGGAGGCCGGUACUGAAGCAUUAGCUGACCAGUUGGGAACAUCGCAGUAAAUUUUUUUUAAAAACGUCUCAGAAAGUUGAAAUGCAACCGGAGGUUCAACUACACACAUUUACAGCAUUAAAUGCUUCACGCUAAAAACAACAUGACAUGUUGCUAUCAUAAGACGCGCUUGACGGGAGAUGGUUUGCUGUUUAUUAAAUAAAAAUUCUAACAUUU